AAAGAGGGAAUAGAGAAACAACGAAGAAAAUGAGGUCGCAAUAAACCAAAUUACAGAUCACACAUUCGACUGUAUUCUGAUCAUGUAACACUAAUCCUAACAUCGUUUUACCUUAAUUUGAUUGCUUCCAAAAAAAUUAGUUCGAAACACUUAAAACAGCAGUCCCUAAUUAUUCAAAAGAAAUAUAUCAUGGAUGAAAACGAAAAUGGGUUUAUGGGAGUUAAUUCCUUGACUCCCCCAAAUCCAGAUUUUACUGAUGGCGAUGAGCCCUCCGUUUCUGGCUGCAACUUUUUAUUGGAUCGCACUGGAGAAGUCGUUCUUACGCAUACUUCAGAUGGAUUGUCAUGGAAACUGGUUGAUUCUUCGAAUGAUGAAGGGGAUAAGUUUUCUUGUCUGGGAUUCAAACUUGUUUCAAAUACAGAAAUCGAGGUCAAUAUUGCUGAUGUUUAUGCUGUUAACUUCAUUGGUUGGGGUUUGGUCCAUGAAUCUGCUCUUGCCAGCUUGGAAGUAUCCCUUUUAGAUCGUUCUUCUGAGAUGUACAGGUUUGCUAUCCAUGUUGUUCACAAAUCAAAGACCCAAUCAUCUCUUUGGACACCAUCAGUUUACACUUUUGGUCAUAAGAAUUUGGAGAUCUGUAUGUCUUGGGUUAACCAGAUUAAUUCUCAUCUACAUGUGGAAGUUAAGCGACCGAAGAAUCUUCUGGUUUUGGUUCAUCCGAGGAGUGGGAAAGGACAUGGAUGCAAAAUAUGGGAAACAGUGGCUCCCUUAUUUUCUCAAGCCAAAGUUAAAACUAAGGUAAUAGUGACAGAGAGAGCCGGACAUGCAAGAGAUAUACUGUCCUCAAUUACAAAUAGGGAGCUGAGUUUGUACGAUGGUGUUGUAGCUGUAGGUGGUGAUGGAUUUUUCAAUGAAAUUCUUAAUGGUGUUCUCUUGUCAAGGCAUAGAGCUCCAUAUCCACCAGCUCCUUCUUAUAUUAUGCCCCCUGCUGAGAGUGAAUGCAAUGUUUCAAAUCAUAAUGCUAACGGAACAAUCUCGGAGCACUCUGAUCAUAAUGAAGAUGGAUCUCCUCUUCUGAGGGGCUCUGAGCACAUUGAACGUGAAUCCCCUAAUUUUGAGAAAGAUUCAGAGUCUUCGUUUCCAAAUGAAAUGUUCAGAUUUGGGCUUAUCCCUGCUGGAUCUACUGAUGCCAUCGUUAUCUGUACUACUGGGGUUCGAGAUGCUGUAACAUCAGCAUUGCACAUCAUCCUCGGUAAAAAGGUGCACCUUGAUAUAGCUCAAGUUGUAAGAUGGAAGAAAACAAAUUCAGCAAAUGAAGAACCAUGUGUACGCUAUGCUGCUUCUUUCGCUGGGUAUGGCUUUUAUGGAGAUGUCAUUACCGAGAGCGAGAAGUACCGGUGGAUGGGACCUAAGCGAUAUGACUAUGCCGGAACAAAGGUUUUCCUUCAGCACAAGUCAUAUGAGGCAGAGGUUAGUUAUCUUGAAGUCGAACCUAAAGAAGCUAGCUUGAGUUCUGACGCAGUUCCUGAAGUCCAAAGCAGGAGGUUUUGGUGUCUUCCUAAAAAGCCUGAUCGGAUGACUUGUCGUGCUAACUGUGCCAUAUGUAAUUCAAAAUCCGACCACACAGUCACUAGAUCCGCCAGCCUAGCCCAAGACUUUGAAGGAAUGAAAUGGUCAAGUUCCAAAGGACGUUAUCUGAGUGUUGGUGCUGCUGUGAUAUCUUGCCGGAAUGAAAAGGCUCCUGAUGGCCUAGUAGCUGAUGCUCAUCUUUCUGAUGGGUUCCUUCACCUGAUAUUGAUAAAAGACUGCCCUCACCCUUUUUAUUUGUGGCACCUCAUUCAGCUUGCUAGGAAAGGUGGGGAACCCCUGGGCUAUAAAUUUGUCGAACACCAUAAAACUCCAGCUUUCACAUUCAAAUCUUUCGGGAAGGAGGGAGUAUGGAAUGUGGAUGGAGAGCUUUUUCUUGCACAACAGCUAUCUGCUCAAGUAUUUCGAGGCCUUAUUAGCUUGUUUGCAACUGGUCCUGAGGAAUAAAAUACCCACAUAUGUUCAACUUAUGAUAUUUUUCCAAUAUUAUCUUAUCUGGAAAUAGUUGCAAGGGACAGAUUCGGGUUAUUCAAGAGGCUGGCGAGCGCUCAACCAGAAUCGAAGCAGCCUUCAGAGCUUGAUGGAGUGGUUAUCUAAUGAAUUCAGUUGUACUAUCAGUAUGUGUUGGUGUUGGAGACAAUCUGGGAUGGGUGCUUUUUUUGAGGUUUCAUGGAAGCAACUUGUCACUUGAGUCUUGUUCCUGCUGACAUGCAGUGAUGCUAUUGAUGUGUAAUAUCCACAAUAUAAACUGCUGUUGCUGCGUUUCAACGUGUAUCAUAUAGAUGACCCAAAUUUGUAAAUUUUAGUGGGGAAUUUGCCAUGUUGUUUCAAUGUGAGUCUACUCAUCAGUCCUCAACUA